CCCCUCCCGCAGGUUGACCCGGGACGGAGCGUCUCACCUGGCUCACCUUCCAGCCCUCGCUCUGUCCUGCUCGGAGCCGAGGCAUGGAGCCGGAGUUCCGGGGCCUGGGCCGCUGCGCGUGCAGCUUCUGGCUCGCGGUGGCCUUUGACAUGGUGGGGCUGGUCGUGCUCCUCGUCGGCGUGUUCGUCAACGUCUUCUUCUACGACCUGCUCAUCUACGCGGGCUCCAUCGUCAUCUUCCUCAGCCUCAUCUGGUGGGUGUUCUGGUACUCCGGGAACAUCGAGGUGCCCCCGGCCGAGCUGGAGGACGAUGUGGGGCUGCUGAAGAAGAACAAGGCCGGGCUGAGGGGACUCGGCGGGGCGGUGCGGCGCCUGUCCAGCCGCGUGUCGAACGGCAUCAGGAACUCCUUCCGCAGGAACGGAGGCCCCCCCGGAGCCCGCAGCAGCCGGCCGGCGGCUGGGCUCCCGGGAGGGGCUGUGCAGGCUGGGCAUUUGUCGGUUGCCAUGGCGCCGAUCAGCCCCCAGGCUGCUGCCCCUCCAGAGGCAGAGGCAGGCGGUGAAGCGCAAAUGCCGCACACAGCAAUGGAGACUUCAGCUACGUAACAGGUGGACAGAUGGUUCAGCUCCUGGCAGCGUUCAUCUGAGACUGGCCCACAGUCCCGAGCACUCUGCAGUUUAUGCUAAUAAAUAAUACCCAUUUUUAAAGUUUGAAUAUAUUAGUCAAAUCUUUCAUAAAUGUAAGAUGAGUAGCAGAUUUGAACUUACUCUGGAAUUGUAUUUUUUUUAUUCUUUUAAGUUUAAAACAACCUUUGAAACAUUUUUAAUGGUAUCAGAGUUAAUAGCUUGAACACUAAAUGACUUUUAUGAUAAAGUAAAAGUAAAACUUACAGCAGUAAAAAUGUGUAAAGGAACUUUAGGUUGUGCUGACAAAUACAGUAUUUGUACUUUAAAGUUCACAGCUACAUGAAAGUACUGAUGUUUUGGUGAAAUUGAUGCUAUUUUACUUUUUAGUCUAAAACCUGGAUGCUUUUGAUUUUUAUAUUUAGUAUUUUUUUUUUUUGUUGGUGUGGAAUUUUUGGUGUGACUGAAUUGCUUAUUUGUAAGAGUAAUUUAUUUUCCAGUCUAGCUUUCUAAAUAAAUCUAUUUUAAAAACAGAA